UGGAAUCUACCGAGAAAACACAACAAUGCUAACUUUACAUGAGUUGUUGUUUAUCGUAUUGUGUUUGGUGUGAACACAACUUCCGAAGGACAGACAUUUUUGCCUUAAACAUUUCUUUCUAGAAGAUUUUGAGUCGCUUGUACAAGAAAAAUCGACGAAGGAUCUAAUAGGUGGUUAUUACCCUCUCCAGCUAAAAUCAAAUACUGCGCCGGCAGUUUUUAAUCCACAAAACGGCAAAAACCUCGCUGCCAGCUAGCAAACGAAAGAUGCUGGGAGAAACAUUAGAGACAAGCAGCUCUAGAAGCUCUUUUACAUGCUAACGGAGCCAUUGCUAUAGCCGCCACCGAACCAAAGACCAGAACCUAAACAGCUGUUAGCGGACCGAAGACUGAAACGGACACUGAGCUACCUACAGAACUACUUAUCGGAUGACACAGUCCGACCAGAAGUGGCUCCCAUGUACCGCCAGAACCGCAUCCCGCAGUCUCGCUGACACUCGCCAACACGUGCACGGCAGCUCGCGCGCUCGUUGCUCUACAGCAGCAGCAGCAGCAGCGGCGUUGUCCCGCACAACACGAGCAAACGGCGUCCAGCACGGGACAGACCCCGCACCCUCUCACUGCAGCAUGGCAACCGAGUUUCACAACCUCCAGGACAUGCAGCGCACUGCAUCACUGGUAACAAAGGUGUUCAUACAACGAGACUACAGCGAAGGAACCGUGUGCCGAUUCCAGACCAAGUUCCCCGCAGAGCUCGACAACAGGGUAGAGAGAGCUCUGCUUGAGCAGACGGUAAAGACCCUGAACUCUUGUUAUGUGGAGGCUGAGAAAGUUGGCGGUCAGUCAUACCUGGAAGGAUGCCUGGCUUGUGCAACAGCAUACAUCGUCUUCCUCUGCAUGGAGACGCGCUAUGAGAAGGUCUUGAAGAAGAUAUCAGGCUACAUCCAGGAGCAGAAUGAGAAGAUCUACGCUCCGAGAGGUCUGCUGCUCACAGACCCCAUAGAGAGAGGAAUGAGGGUUCUGGAGAUCAGCGUGUUUGAGGACCGGGGCUCAAGCGGCUCUAGCCCCAGCAGCAGCAUGUCGUCGUGCAGCACUGCUCGGUGACUGGAGGAGCAGCACCAGGCUUACGGGUACCACCACAGAGGCAGCGGGACACUCACCAACAUCCGCAUGUUGAAACAUGAGAGCACCAGGUUCUAAAGACGAGCAGAGAGACGAGAAAUCCAAGGAGGUGAUCCACAAGAUUUACACGCUCUUCCUGUUGAGACCUUCGACUAAUCACCAUUGGAGAAGGAUCCGGCUUGUAUAAGAGCUGCGGCUACUUAAAAUAAUCAGCCUAAGUCAAACAAAACCCACAUAUCAGCUUUGUGACUAAAUGCAAAAUCCAGUGUCUAAGAGGAUAAAACUUUUCCUUUUGCAAAGACGUGAAUCAUUUCUGUUCCAUUCUGUCAUGUCUGUUUUAUGUCCUAGCUUUGUUCGCAGGCUUACAUGAGUUUAGGCCUGUCAUCAGUGCAUGACUAGUAUCAUUUCACUGUCAUUAUUAUUCUGUGCUCAUUUAUAGUCAGGGUAUUCCAACGCCUUUGCAGCAGCACCAGCAUCUAAAAUGAGGAUAACUUGACUGCGUCCCAGGAGACACGGUGUUCUUGCAUUUGUUUCAGGUAGUUGAGGUCAAGUCGCUUUGAAUGGUGCAAAUUGGGCUUACCAAAGCCCAAAGACUUUGUUCAGAGGUAUUUGGCAUACAUGUCAAACUGAGAACAGCGUGAUUUAUUUAUCUUUCUUGUUCAUCACAGUGGAUUAGGUGACCUGCAUCACAGCUGCAGGCCAUAUAUGCAGACAUAUUCACAUACCAUGCCCAAGCAUUAGACAUACAGUAUAUGCAGUGAAGGGGACAUGUGUGCACAUGUAGUAUAUAACAAUGAGACACAUACGUGUGGAGCAUGUGCUUAUGCUUUCCUGCCCACACUGAGAUUAUUCUAGAGUUUGGAUAUGAAAAAAGCCAGGAAAUAAGGUUUCAGGUCUCUGGGAACAUAUUCAGAGGUUUGGACUUUUUUUUUUCUUUUUGCUUUCUCUCUGGAAAUAGUUUUGAUGUCUGGCAGUGUUUAUGAUUUUGAAUUCACUUGCAGUCUAGUGUGAGAUGAAAGCUUUCAGAUCUUAACACUGUCAAAAACCCUUUUCCCUAAACAUACUUACUGGUUUCCUAAGAAAGCUGAGAGAGAGUGGGCUGUUAUCAGUGAAGCUGGAGACUCUGCAGUCAUUAAGCCGAGAAAUGUGUUGCUGUUUGAGGACUGGAGCUCGCAGGAGAAUCGGCCCACACAGAGUUAAAGAACUAAACCUUAUUUAGCCUGUAUUCACGGCUGUUAUGUAGAUGCAGAUUGUGUUAAUAAUUCAAACACAACAAAAAAAAGGCAAAGAAUAAAACGUCUUGGAAUGCACUGCAUCCAACUGGCGCACUCAGAGAAGAAGAAAGGUGGAGAAAGAAAGUUAUGUUUAUUGUAGGGUUUUAAAGUUUAGAUAAAAUUAUUAUUAUUUUUUUUUACAAUGUUCUAAGAUUGUAAAAAAAUCUUAGAUCUUGCACAAUCUUUCUGCUGUGGCUUUCCUACAGUUUAAAGACCUUAGAAUGAGAUAAAAUACUGGAGUAACCAGAGUUUCCCCCAGCUGUUUGCAGCAUAAAGUAAUGCUGUGAUUCCUCUCUUCCACCUUUCCAUGCAUGCUGCCUAGUGAAAAAUGGCUACUUCACUUUUCUCUGGCUUAUAAGAAAGAAGGAAGGAACCACCUGUCAGAAAAUACUUUUGGUCCUGAAAAACAUAUCAGUCAUUGCUUGAAACACAACCUUUAAGCUUCAAGUCCAUCUUGCCCCACUUUGCUGUUAUAUAUGUUAGUAUAAAAUGUGCCAUAGUGAUGGCACCAUUUUUGUUCUUGCCAAAGAUGAAACUACAGGGGCGCUAUGACUUGUUAUCCCAAGGCUCCAAAGUAAAACUACUAUUAUUGAUAACAGCAGCAACUUCUACAUGAACAGAGUCUGUCAUUUUAACCAGCAAAUAAGUCUGAUGUAUAUGUUAUUAUUUAAAGAACAGAAUAAUGGAAACGUACAAUAUUUUGCUCAGACAAUAUUGCAAGACAAUAUUUAUUUGUGAACCAAUUUUAAUUUAGCAGUAUAAUUUGAAAUCAUUGCUUAAGUCUAUGCAUCAAAGGUCAUAUAGUUAUAUAUAUAUAUAUAUAUAUAUAUAACAGUUGUUCUCUGAAAAUUUCAUGCAUUUCAAGCAACAGUAGGAGCAAUAUUACGUUUUUGUGUUUCUUUUUAAAAGUUACUUACAUCAUGCUUAACAUUUUUUUAUUAAUUUUGUGUAAGACCAAGAUUAUCAUACCCUUGAUAUCUCAUAACUGCCAGUAUUUUAAAAUAAUGCAAUUCUACUUUCUAGUGCACAGAAUUGCAUUACUUUUAUAAUUCUCCCUGUAAUUUUAAAGGAUGCAUUUUGUUUUCAAAUUAGCAGAUUUCUAAUGUGAAAAGUCUGUGUUCACUUUAGAAAGACCUCAUUUGGACAGUGUAGGUAAAUUCUGAACCUUCAUUGACUUAAUAAAGCUUAAAAUUUAGCUGCAACUCAAUUUUAUGGAAACCAUUAUCUUAUACCACCUCUCAUAUGGAAAACCAUCAAUCUUGGUUGCGUAGCGUCAUUAAGUGUGACCAUAAUGUUGCAAAUAUUGACAGAGUAUCAACAUAACAUCCAUUUUGUUUGUCUAUGUUGAUCAUGUUGUUGUUUUUUUAGUGUUACUGCAGCAACUGAUGCUGUUAUGUUUUGUUACUGAAUGUUCGACGGUGAACUGACCACUGCAGAUCUGUGUUUUAAGUGUUUUAAUUUAUUUCUGUGACUAGUUUUACAUCAUUUAACCCUUGGAUAACUGAUCUAAACCAGCAAGAUAUAUAUGCCACAUGAGUUUAGAUGUGCUUGGAUUUAGCCUCCUGUGCUUUCUUUUUUUGAUGCCUUCAUGUUUCAUACUGGUGGAAUGGAUAUCCAACCUGGUGCUGAUGGACUCACCAAUUUAAAAGUGACUUAACACUGCCAAAAGGCACAUGAAGGAGCUUAUUGGACAAUGUAUAUUAAAAUGAGUAUAAACAGUCUGUGCAGGUAUGACUUUGUAGCUUUGACUGUAUGCAUUUGUGAAUAGAAGAUAUUGGAUAUGUGAUACAAUAAUCCCACUUCACUAGAUGUUAGUAACUUGUUUCCUAUAGUCUUUAAGAAAUGGAGCAGCUAAAUGCAGACGAAGAUGUCGGAUUGUAUCAUUUGCGAGUCAUUAUUGGUUUGUCUGUAAAUCUGUUGAGAGGUUUGAUACUGUAGCUAACGAAGUUGAUAGUAAUAACUAGUUGAUAAUGAUUCUCAGGGAAAACCUUUAACAGGCCAAAUUUAAAAGGUCUUAAAAGAGUGUAGCAACAUGGUGAUGGCCAUGUUACUAAGCUGGUUGCACAAGCUACAAUGGAGUCUCUGACUGCAACUCCUCAGCCUGUGAUUAAGCUUUGCAUAGGCCUAGUAUUGAGCAAUUAAUUUGAUUUGGGUGUUUAGAAACAUGGAUUCAUCUUAACGUAGCAUGUCAGUGGCUCCUGGGGAUUACAGUUGAAGAAUCAUGAGUUUGACUAAAAAAAAUAAAAAAUCUAUCAACCUAUCAGUUUUCUUUUUGAUAGUCUACUGAUAUAUGAAAAUCUUCCACAAAAGGUUCUGCUUCCAAUUGGUCUGAAAGUCUUUUUUUUCCCUUUUACAUAUUUAAUAACAUCCCUGUCCAAAGUAUAGAGAUUAAGAAGUGAAAAAGUCACUUGUGUAUAAUCAAUCUUAAAUUUGCAAACAAGACAGCCAAUCAUAAAAUGUGAUUUCUAAAAAAAUGGGAUUAGGAUUAACUUAAAAUGUAAAAAAGAUCAACAUUUUCAAAGAAAUCCUUAUUCUUAAGGAGUAGUUGCUAUUCUGUGAGUGCCAAACAAUGACGGGUAGCUCAUUUAAUAAUGUAUCCUAUUGGUACUUUAUUUAUCUUGUACUGCAUCUAAGAGUGACACACCUUCAUUAGGUUGUACACAAUCAGUACUAAGAACAUAUCAAAAGCUCGAUGUUCUGUAAGAAAAGAAAUAUUGGGCAGCAACUUUGAUAUAUUCCUGAAAAUAUCUAACAUGAUGUGUGCAGUACUGGUGCCGAGUUGUUUUGCGUCUGGGGAGACUUAUGGUUCUGCACUGAUGUUUUAUGCUGCAUGGUGUGUAAAUACGGUAGCAAAGGACAAGACAAAUAAAAUCCCUCUUAAAAAAAAUAUUGCUACGUGCUGCCAAAAGUUAUAUGUUAAUGUUGUGUGUUUAUAUUUGGUUACUAAUGAGUUCAUUAAAAUAAUGUUAUGUACAUUUUAUAAAAGUUGAUUAUACAUCCAAUCCAGAGAUGCUUUUACUGUCUAUAAAGUGUUUGUGUUUGAUGAAGCCAGUGAAAACAAGAUCGAUUGUUGUCAGUAUUAAAAUAAAAUUCAUUUUGCUUAGAAGAUUGAUACAAUUUCUGACUUUUGUUAGUUUUAGAAACUGAUAUUUUAGAUGUUUCUCAGAAAAUCUUGGAAGGGAAACAGAGUUAUAUCACCAAAGGCCUGUUGAUAAUGUGUUCAAUAAAAGACAAAAAAAAUCUA